AUAUUCACAAAAUUAAAAGUCCUUUCUUCACAAAUACAAUACAGCCUUUUAUUCCUUCCCGUGUUGAAGUUGUCGAGUCCAGCUAGGUUCUUCGUCGGCUAACCAGGGACGUUUUGUGCUUUUCCGUCCAAAUUAACCUGAUUUUUCUCCUCCGAUUCUCCUCUUUGCAGAGCGUCGGUCAGGGACCUACUGAUCACGUUGCUGCGACAAGGAGAUGGCCGGCGAAACAGGGAGCGUCGGUGCGGAGGUGGUACUUCAUAAACCCGCAUUCACCGACGAACAGUGGCAGACUUUUAUCAAACUAAUGGAAAAUUGUAAGGCUACCUCCUCCGGGGAAAAGCUCACAGGACCUAUCUACGAGGAUGCCGAUUGGAGUGGGUGAACGACGAGGGGGGUUUACUUUUUCCGGGGUUUGGAUCAAGCACGAGCGCAUGCAGGGGAGUUCAGAUUCAAGAGAUUUGUGGCACUCAAGGUUGGGGCACCCGUCAAUGAAAGUACUUCGUUUACUUGGUAGUUUAAAUAAGCCGUUGUUGAAUUCUGAUCAAAAUAAAAUUUGUGAUGCCUGUAUGAGAGGCAAACAAACUCGUGAUAGUUUUGAUGUUAGUAAUGCUAGAGCUGUUGAACCGUUUGAAUUAAUUCAUUGUGAUGUUUGGGGUCCUUAUCGUGUUUUGUCU